AUGGCUUUGGAAGAUCUCAAAAAAGAAGUUGAAAUGGGUCUAACGAGCAAACAAGCAGAGGAUAUAAUGGCCAGAGAUGGACCGAAUCAGCUUAGUCCACCGAAAACAACGCCAGAGUGGGUGAAAUUUUGUAAGCAGCUCUUCGGAGGAUUUGCCAUGCUCCUGUGGAUCGGUGCAAUCCUCUGCUUCAUUGCCCACGCCAUCACAGCAUCCACAACGGAUGAACCCUCCAAUGAUAAUUUGUACUUAGGAAUUGUUUUGACCGUUGUUGUCAUUUUAACCGGUUGUUUCUCGUACUAUCAAGAAGCUAAAAGUUCAAAAAUCAUGGAUUCUUUCAAGAAUUUAGUACCACAGACAACAGUGAAGGCAGAAGAGUUAGUGAAGGGUGAUGUGGUCGAAGUGAAAUUCGGCGAUCGAGUACCAGCUGAUAUCAGGAUACUAGCAGCUCACGGGUUGAAGGUGGACAAUUCAUCUUUAACUGGAGAAUCUGAACCUCAAUCACGAACUCCAGAAUUUACAAAUCCAAAUCCACUUGAAACGAAAAAUUUGGCAUUUUUUUCAACAAACGUGGUGGAAGGAACAUGUAGAGGAGUGGUCAUCAACACUGGGGACAGAACUGUCAUGGGGAGGAUCGCUGGGUUGGCCUCUGGAUUGGAAAGUGGAGAAACUCCGAUUGCGAAAGAAAUUUCUCAUUUCAUACACAUCAUCACUGCUGUUUCCGUUUUCCUAGGAGUCACUUUUCUUAUUAUAGCACUUGUUCUUGGAUACAACUGGUUGGAUGCAGUCAUAUUUUUGAUUGGUAUCAUUGUGGCGAAUGUUCCUGAAGAAUGCAACGGUGACGCGUCGGAAUCAGCAAUCUUGAAGUGCGCUGAACUUUCCGUGGGCAACGUGGCAUCAAUCAGGUCAAAACAUAAAAAAGUUUCUGAAAUACCGUUUAACUCUUCAAAUAAAUUCCAGGUAUCAAUUCAUGAAGUAAAUGAACCAGCCUCCAAAUAUUUGUUGGUUAUGAAAGGAGCUCCCGAGCGCAUACUGGAACGUUGCACACAAAUUAUCGCAAAUGGAAAAAAUCAUGAAAUGAAUGAUCAAUGGAGAUCAAGCUUUAACGAGGCAUACAAUGCCAUGGGAGGAUUAGGUGAACGUGUUUUAGGUUUUUGCGAUUGUUAUCUUCCAGAAGAAAAAUUUCCAAAAGGUUUUAAUUUUGAUGCUGACAACCCCAAUUUCCCGUUAUCUGGACUUCGUUUUGUUGGAUUAAUGGCCAUGAUUGAUCCUCCGAGAGCUGCUGUACCGGAUGCUGUCAGCAAAUGCAGGAGUGCUGGUAUAAAGGUGAUAAUGGUAACGGGGGACCAUCCUAUCACAGCAAGAGCCAUUGCCAAGAGUGUUGGCAUAAUAUCGGAAGAAAACGAAACUAUUGAAGAAAUGGCGGAAAGAUUGAAAAUACCCAUUUCAAAAGUGGAUCCAAGAGCCUGCAAAGCUCGAGUGAUUCACGGAACAGAGCUGAAGGAAAUGACCGACCAAGAGUUGGAUGAUGUUUUGAACUACCAUUCAGAAAUCGUGUUUGCCAGGACAUCUCCUCAGCAGAAACUCAUCAUUGUUGAAGGCUGCCAGCGACAAGGUGCCAUUGUGGCAGUCACUGGGGAUGGUGUCAACGACUCGCCUGCUCUCAAGAAGGCUGACAUCGGAAUAGCUAUGGGGAUAGCAGGAUCGGAUGUGAGCAAACAGGCAGCUGAUAUGAUAUUGCUCGAUGAUAACUUUGCUUCCAUUGUUACUGGAGUGGAGGAAGGUCGCUUGAUCUUUGACAAUUUAAAGAAAUCAAUCGCAUAUACGUUGACCAGUAAAAUACCAGAAAUGACACCCUUCUUAAUUUACAUUCUGGCUGGCAUUCCGUUAGCACUUGGAGUUGUCACAAUUCUUUGCAUUGAUCUUGGAACCGACAUGAUUCCCGCCAUCUCGUUGGCUUAUGAACAGCCUGAAAGUGACAUCAUGAAGAGGAUGCCCAGGGAUCCCACCAAUGAUAAACUUGUCAACAGCAGAUUAAUUUCAAUGGCUUACGGGCAGAUUGGAAUGAUGCAAGCUGGAGCAGGUUUUUUAGUUUAUUACGUUAUUAUGGCCGAGAAUGGAUUCAUGCCAAUGAGGUUGUUUGGACUUCGCAAAGAAUGGGAUUCUCCCAGUGUUUCUGAUCUUCUUGACUCCUAUGGACAAGAAUGGACGUACGCUCAAAGAAAGGUGUUGGAAUACACUUGUCAUACAGCAUUUUUUAUGGCAGUCGUUCUUGUGCAAUGGACUGAUCUAAUUAUUUGCAAGACGCGUCGAAAUUCUGUCAUUCAUCAAGGAAUGCUCAACCACCACUUAACGUUCGGUUUAUUUUUUGAGACAACUUUAGCAGCAUUCCUAUCGUACUGCCCUGGACUUGAUAAGGGCCUCAACAUGUACCCACUCAAGUGGACGUGGUGGCUGGUGCCCCUACCAUUCAGCGCACUUAUCCUCGCAUACGACGAGGUCAGAAAAUAUCUACUAAGAAAGAGACCAGUUGGAUCUGGAGGCUGGCUGGAAGAAGAAACUUACUAUUAAAUGGCUGUUAUUUUUAUAAUAUUUUAAAUGGUAGAAAUCUAUGUUCAUAAUUACUUGAAAGAUUUUAAAAAAUCUUAACAGUGUAAAUAUUAAUAAAUAAUUUUAGUUUAUAGCAAUAACGAUUGAUAAUCUUCUUCUACUGAGCAUACAUUUUUUUAGUGGGAUUGCGUACAUGUUUUUUCAUCGGCACAAGUAGUUUCAAGUUUCGUUAUUUAAUGCCAUCUCAAACAUGUCCAAACUUGAUUGAACAAAAUGGUUUAGAUCAAAAUUAAUUGUUGUGAAAAAUCAUAUCUGGAUUGAUUCUUCAUUAAAAAAUUGUAAAUAUUUAUCUACUCUUUAAUUCAUUCAAUCAAAUUGUUUAAUUCUGCCAUUUAAACUUUUAUUUUAUGUGUUUAUAAUAAAAAAAAUUACAUUAUUCUAUGUUAUAUCAUCACAUUAAUUAUGUUUUCGCUCUAUUAACUAAUUAAAAUUUCACUAAAAUGCCAGGUACUGUGUUGCUCUUGUUUACAUAUGUAAACAAGAGCAUGUAGAUUAACAAAUUAAUCCAAUGAAUUGAAGUUCUUAACGUAUAUUAAUAAUGAAUAAUUCAUAAAUUGUGUUGAACGUGUCAGCUGAAGCUGCUUUUCAUUUGAUUAUAAUAUAACAAAGCAGAACAAUU